AUGCCGGCCAUGGACGCCAGGACCUCUCUCGAUGACGACGCCCUCAGCACUUCGACAUGCGGAGACGGCGCGGACUGGAAGAGCAAGUACUACGAGGCCCGGGAGAUGCUCGAGGAGACGCGGAACGAGCUCGACGACUUUCACACGUCCAGCAAGGAGCUCGAGGAGGAGCUCGAGCGGGAACUCCAGCGCACGGAGAAGGCACACCAGGACAUGAAGGUCAAGCUCGAGCGUGCAGAGGGUGAACGGGAAGAGUGGAAGAACAAGUUCAUGUCGCUCCAGACAAACCACAACACGACCACAACCUCCCUCCAGCGCGAACUUGAUCAGCUCCGGGCCGAGCACCAGAAGAUCAAAGUCCAGUUGCGUGAACUCGAGAUGGGAAACGACGAUCUCGAGCGCAACGAACGCGCGGUGCUGUCCAGUUUGGCCGAUAUCGAGGGAAAGUACUCGCGGACGUUGGAGGAGAAGAUAUUGCUGGAGCACGAGUUGUUGGACAAGGCGCAUAUCGAGGAAGAGUCACAGCGAUGGAAGGAUGAGCUACGAGACGCCAACGCGGAGAUUGGAAUAUUGCGAGACCAACUCGCGGCGGCACAGGAGCGCGCGUCCGUGAUGACGUUUACUUCCUCGAGCGAGCCCUCGCCGCCCACACCCUCCUCUUCGUUGCAUCAUUCGGACGAGGACCUGCUCGCCCACCAGAAAGCGCCCUCAGACCUCCAAUUAUCCGACCUCACUCCCGACUCUGAAUUCACACCCGUCAACUCUACCUCGACUGUGCCAGAAACACCGAGGGCAUCCUCGUCCUCACACGGCUCUGACUCUGGCCAUCAUUCGCCUCUGCUCCACAAGUCGUCCAUUGGCAUGCCUCGCACACACUUUGCCUCGCCAGAAACCCCCCGCAGCUUGCCUCGGCCGAAAUACGGCUCACCGGCCACUCCCUCCCGCCUACCUCCUCCCCGAACGACCGUCACACGGCCAACGCCCAGGGUGCCACCUGCAGCCGUAUCUAGCCUUGCCACUCCAGUCCCGCGCAGUCGAGGCGUGCAGAUGGUAUCCGAGAUGCGUGCGAAGGUCAAGAACCUUGAGCAGAAGAUUCAUACCCGAGUCCCCCGCAUACGUAUGGGCAGCACUUCGCGACCGGCACCUCCCCCUGUGGCAGCGACCAAUAUCUCUCGACCGUCGAGCUUAUCGUCCACCACGUCUGCUCAGCCUUCGGCAAGCUCGUCAAAGGGUCCUGUGUCGCGCCGUCCAUCAGUGGCUGAAAGGCGAAGCAUUGACCAGCGACGAAGCCCAGAUGGCAAACGUGCUGGUGGCGAUACAGGCUGGGUACUCGUUAUGGAAGAUAGUCCCUCGCCGAAGAAGGAUAAAGCGGACGUUUCGCGCCGUGCGUCACUCGACUCAAGUCCCUCUCGACGGGGGAAAGUACGGCCAUUUGCCACCACUACCAACAUCACCCCCAACUCGAACAACUCCUCUCCUCCCCUCUCACCCAACCCGUUGCUGUCUCGCAGCAUGAUAGGACAGCCCUCAGCGCUAAAACGCCCGCAGUCGCGUGUAUCCUCUGAGGGACGAUCCUCCAUCGGCACAACAGCAACUGUGUCUUCUAUCCCAACUCCGUCUUCGCGGCCCACGUCACCGACAUUCCUCCCUCUACCCUCAGCAAGCCUGUAUGCGAGCACGAGCGCGCUUAAGCGCUCGACAGGGCCAGGCGCCGGCGGGCCGUACUCCGGCUCGGGCGGCUCCGCGGGUCCGAAGCGCUCGUCGCUCGGUGCGAGCACUGCAUUGCGGACGCCCGUACACGACGCAUACAUGAGCGAUAGCGGCUUACCCUCUCGCCCGCGUUCAAUCCCUGUACCAGGCAAGAGCGCCUUAUCCGGCUCCCCCUCCUCAUUCCGCUCGGGUGAUUCACCUAGCGGCCGAUCAAACGUCGGGCAUCCGAAUGUUACUGUGAGAGGGAGCGGAGGACGACUGCCGGGAAGCGCUACUACGGGGCCGAGUGGGAUCGGGUUGGGGCAGAGCAGGAUUGGGCGGCCGCAGUUCGGCAGUGGACGACGGAGCGCUGGUGGGGAAGAUGAGCUGAGUGUCCCGGGCGGUGGACGGCCGCGGUCGGGGAGCACUGUGAACAAUCGGUUUUGA